UUCAGAAUCAGCUCGGAUGGGAUACUUCCCUCUCCAAAGCGCCGGCGGAUGCUCCUUCCCGCAGAGCUCGAGCUCAGCAGCCAUGGAGUCUCUGUCGCCGUCCCUCCUCCCUCUGUAUCCGUCUCUCAAAUUCACGUCCCUUCGCAGACCCUCCUCGAUCUCGACGUCUGCGCCUGCGCUGCUCUCUUCUCCGACGCUCGCGUCCGCCACGUCCCCGCGAAGAAAAGCUCCCACGCAAGCGUCGAGGGAACGCUCUGCAAGACCCUCCAGGAGGCAGACGCCGUCUCCUCCUCCGCCUCCGAUUGUCUUAACGGCGGACGCCGCGGAAGCUCCUCCUCCCGUCGCGGCUAAGAAGGUCCUAAUACCAAUCGGAUAUGGCACAGAGGAAAUGGAAGCUGUGGUGCUAAUUGAUGUGCUUCGUCGAGCUGGUGCAAGUGUGACAGUGGCUUCUGUGGAGCCACAGCUCCAGAUUGAAGCCUCUGGUGGUGUUAAACUUGUCGCAGAUGUCUCAAUUUCAGAAUGCUGUGAUGAAGUUUAUGAUCUAGUGGCUUUGCCGGGAGGAAUGCCUGGUUCAGCACGGCUAAGGGAUUGCGAAAUCCUUCGAAAAAUCAUGAGCAAACAGGCUGAGGGACAGAGGUUAUAUGGAGCAAUAUGUGCUGCUCCUGCAGUCACACUUCUCCCCUGGGGACUUCUAAAAAGAAAGCAGACUACUUGUCACCCUGCAUUCUUUGACAAGCUCCCCACUUUUUGGGCCGUUAAAUCAAAUAUUCAAGUUUCAGGAGAGCUUACAACUAGCCGUGGUCCUGGAACUUCAUUCCUUUUUGCUCUGUCCUUAGUGGAGCAGCUCUUCGGUGAGUCUGUAGCUGCAGAAGUUGGACAAUCCUUGCUGAUGCACGAAGCCAAUGAUCAUUCUAAAAACAUAGAGUUCAACAAAGCUGAGUGGGUUGUGGACCAUACUCCUCGCGUCCUAAUUCCAAUUGCAAAUGGUUGUGAGGACAUUGAAAUGGUAACUAUAGUGGACAUUCUACGACGAGCCAAAGUAGAUGUGGUGGUUGCUUCAGUUGAAAGAAAUUUGCAGAUUUUGGCAUCGCAAGGCACAAAAAUUGUUGCCGACAAGUUAAUCGGUGAAGCUGCAGAAACAAGCUAUGACUUGAUCAUUCUUCCAGGAGAAACUGCUGGCUCUGACCGUUUACAUAAGUCCAGAAUUUUGAAAAAUCUGCUAGAAGAGCAAAAUUUGGCUGGAAGAGUAUAUGGAGCAAUCUGCUCUUCGCCAGCAAUCUUACACAGACAGGGGUUACUGAAGGAUAAGAGAGUCACUGCACAUCCGUCUGUUGCAAACAACCUUGCUUGUGAAGGAAUGGAUGGUGCUAAAGUGGUCAUUGACGGGAAGGUGAUCACGAGCAGUGGACUCGCAUCUGUCACAGAUUUUGCACUGGCUAUCAUUAGCAAACUUUUCGGCCACGGAAGGGCAAGAAGUGUUGCAGAAGGCCUCGUUUUUGAGUACCCCAGAAGUUAGGGAGGUCCAUGGGCUUACUCCACAGAGGUCUCAGUUUCCCGGCUCAUUAUCCCUCUACUAAGAGAACUAUGUUUUUGCAUGGACAAUGCUCUAAUGUGGGAUUUUAUGGUUCUUCAGCUGAAUGGAGAGAAAAAUUUUGUUUCUCCUGUAUUGCAGAAUCAUGUGAAAGCUGCUCAUUCUAGAGAAUUUCAUGCACUUCGCGCGGGUGCUGAUUGGCAGGUAAGAUAUUUACUUGCACUAUUCUGCCAUCGCCUAAUGUAGAUGGACUGUGGAUGAUUCAUUUGCUCCUGAUCCAAUCCUAUUUUCUAGAUAGACUGAUGAGGAAAAAGAAAGUGGGGAGAUGUCAAAACAAGCUAAGUGUAUCUGCAGAGCUGCUUUUACUUGGUUUAUCCUAUUUUUCAGCUGCAAAGGCUACGCAUCUAAUGGGAGAUCGAAGUUGGGAGUGUCUUUUUCUCGUUUCUUUCUGCAGAUGUUCUUUUUCUUUUGUUUUCUUGUUUUAGUCCGUAGUCUGAUGAUCCAGGUCUCUGAUGAGUGCUUCUUGUACAUACCCUCAUUUCUGUAGAAUUCGUACAGUUCGUAGACUCACCAUAUGUAUGUUUAGAUGGUCUCCUCUUUAUAUGAAUUAUCCACAGUUGAGAAAUGACAAACAAAUUCAGUUUUGUUUAA